AUGAAGCUCAUCACGCUAAUAACAACUACCUUCCUCGCCCUCCUGACCCCGACCGCCCUAGCCUUUGACACAAGCAUCUCCGAGCGCGAAGACCCCUAUACCCAGGUCAACCUCUCGGACAACAGCACCUAUACCACAAUCGCCGAAAUCGAGCUAAAAUCCGCCUGGCAGAACAAAUACUGUGCCAACAUCUUGUCAUUAAACGCAACAAGGAUCGUAGUGGAUAGAUGGAACUGCGGGACUCAGCAAUGCACUGUCUACUACUCAACAGACUGCAGUGGUACCGGAUAUAGCUUCUUCGACCGGCCGUCGGAUUACGCUGUCUCGAAGUGGACGUUGACCGCGAUUUACCCGUGGGGGUCUGUGUGGUGUCAGUGGGGGGAUAGUAGUUCUUGCCAACCUAAGAAUGCGUCUGGUGUGUCUACGUUUGCUACGUCUGUGGCCGCGUCUACGCCGAAGGGGUGGUAG